CAGACGCCAGUAGAAGUGCCCGGGCUCGGUGACGUCAGGGGUUGAGUGACCAAUGAGGAGGCGCUGCCCUUUGGAGACAAACCAUUCGACUUGUGGCGUUUUUUUGUGCGGGCGUGUGUGUGAGUGUGUGUGUUUUUCAUCCCCCUCUCUUGCCUCAAGUCUAAAAGCAGAAGCUCAACUUUAGGAGAAUCCGCCUUAAAAAAAAUCUCUGCCUUCAACUCCGCCAGCUUUUUUAAAAAACCAACAACAACAAAACCAACAACAACAAAAAAAAAACCCCAACAACCCCCAAACCCCAACAAACCUUAGUCAACCAAAAAAGGGGGGAAAAGAGGAAGAAAGGAAGAAGAAGGAAAAAAGAGAGAGAGAGAGAGAGAGAGAGAGAAGCCCCCACGUUACGCAUGGAGGGGAAGAAGAGAGAGAGAGAAAGCCCCAGGAAGGACUAAGUCUGCUGCUCUCCUUUCUUCUCUCUUUCUGCCCCCUUCCUUCCUUCCUUCCUUCUUCCCUUCCUUUCUCCGCUCCCCUCUCUUCUCUCCCUCCCCAGCUCCUCGCACACUCCUCCCCUCCACCCCUCCCUCAGUUAACAAGGCCCCUCUCCCCCUAUUGCUCUCCUUUCUCCCCCCUCCCCCCCUCACGAAAAAAAAAAAAAUAGCGCGAGCCCCGUCGCUAAUUCCCGCCCGGCGCAGGCUAAUAGGCUCCCUCGAAGGUGGCGGGAGCGCGAGGGGGGCGAGCCGGGCAGAGGCGCUCGUCGCGGGCUGCCCAACUUGGAUGAUGACCAUGACUACGAUGGCUGACGGGCUGGAAGCGCAGGACUCGUCCAAAUCCGCCUUCAUGGAGUUCGGGCAGCAGCAGCAGCAGCAGCCGGCGCCGGCGCCUCAGCAGCCUCCUCAGCCGCCGCCGCCGCCGCCUCCGGUGGCACAGGCGCCCGGCGGCUCCUCGCACUCGGCGCAGCAGCAGCAACAGCAACAGCAGCAGCAGCAGCAGCAGAGCUCGCCGGCAGCCGCCAUGGCAGGCGCCCACUACCCGCUCCACUGCCUGCACUCGGCGGCGCCCGCCUCGCACUCGCACCCGCACCACCAGCACCCGCACCACCAUCACCACCACCACCACCACGCCGCGCCCUACCCGGCCGGCCCCGCCGGCGCCAACUCCUACAGCCACCGCUCGCUCGCCGCCGCCGCCGCCGCCGCAGCUGCCUACCCCUACGUGAGCCACUCGCAGCACAGCCCGUACCUCCAGUCCUACCACGCCGGCGGCGGCGGAGGGGGCGCGGGCAGCCAGACGCGGCCGGACGACGCAGAUCAGCAAAAGACCACAGUCAUCGAAAACGGGGAAAUCCGAUUCAAUGGGAAAGGGAAGAAGAUCCGGAAGCCUCGGACCAUUUACUCGAGUCUCCAACUGCAAGCUUUAAACCAUCGCUUUCAGCAGACCCAAUACCUGGCGCUUCCCGAGAGAGCAGAGCUGGCGGCAUCACUAGGACUUACGCAGACACAGGUGAAGAUCUGGUUCCAGAACAAGCGCUCCAAGUUUAAGAAACUGCUCAAGCAAGGCGGCAACCCGCACGAGAGCGAUCCCCUGCCGGGUUCUGCCACCCUGUCCCCGCGGUCUCCAGGUCUGCCUCCUGUCUGGGACGUUUCAGCCUCUGCCAAAGGAGUCAAUAUGCCUCCCAAUAGCUACAUGCCUGGUUACUCUCACUGGUACUCUUCUCCACAUCAAGACACAAUGCAGAGACCACAAAUGAUGUGAAGGAGCCAAGAGCAACAACUUCCUGGAGAAGCCGCGUCUCCAGCACGGCCUUGCCAAGAGGGGCAGCUAGCGGGCCUCUGGGUGAAUUGGAGUGUGUGGCAAGGAAGAGAGACUGGGGCGGCUCUGCUGCCUUUCCCUUUUCUUUAACCUCAGUGAUUGAUCUUGAGCAGAAAGAGACCAUUUGCGUGGUGGCCCACGUCAGACGCUCCUCUUUAGGAUAUUUCCACUGGGACUCGGAGGCACCAAACCUCUCUGGGAGUACAAGUCAAAGCAAAAACAAAAAACAAACAAAAUACAAAAUACAAAAAAGAAAAGAAAAGAAAGAAAGAUUACAGACUUUCCCCCACCAGUCCACGCAGCAGUUUUUUGUUUUUUUAAAAAAUCGUUUCAGGAAAAAGACGCUUUAGAGGCGAUCCUAUUUUUAUUCACUGAACCGAGAUUGACUGAAUAGAUUGGAAAGGAGGGGCGGGGGUUAAAAACAGGGAGGAGAAAAGACCGUUUGCAAAACAAGGACAAUUUUUCUAAUUCAAUUAGGACACGACCACAAAGGAAAAUCUGCAUGCUUUCUCAGAGCGGAACUGACAGCUGUAAAAGCGAAUCUACGUUCUGUCUAGCUCUCUCUCUUUUUCACCAAUACAUCACCUGAAACUGACUACCUGGCGCAUGCCCCAUUGCAAUGAAUUGGGGCUGAACUGGAUUUCAGUUCACUAAAAUGAAGUUUUCACAGGGUAACGUCACCUGUGAAUUGUGCCCCAAGAGGCGGAAAAGCGGAGAGAGUAACCUACCACAAACAAACAAAAUUCACACCUGAUCCUAAGGCUAAAAUGUCCACCCCCUGGUCUACAGCCCCGGGCUGCGUCUCAGCUACCGAGCAACCUUGUUGUACAUAUUGUUGAAUUUUAGUUGUAUAUAUACUUUGUAUGUUUUGUCUCCUUUCAUAUAUAGAGUAAAAGCCACAAAACGUCCAAG